AUGCAUGAUGAGGCCGCGCCCGUCCUCUACUCACAGAACAAGUUUCUCUUCACCAACCCCAGCGACUGCACCAUGUUCCGCGUUGUCGCCUCGCCCUUCUCAGCAAACAUGACGUCGGUAUACUUCCGGAUACGGGAAAAGGAUGUGAAGCUAUGGGCAACCUAUCUCGGCAGCAAGGAUCCAUCGCGGAGCAUGAAGUACGACCUACCCAAGUUGAAAAGCUUGUGGAUCUUCCUGCGAUGUGGCAUGAUGGGGACGCCGGGCGUGAUAAACGGCAUGGCUGGUGGAGGAGGAUUGCCCGCUCUACUGGCGGCGCAAGCUCAGGCUAUACACCAGGCUUUGGGAACACAAUUGCAGCAGCAGGCCCAGAUCAAUAUACAGGCCCUGCAACAGGCUAUGAACCAAGCUCACGCUGGGGCGCACCUGAAUGCGAAUGCGAAUGCGCCCGCCAACGGACAGCCGCCCAUGCCUUUCGUGCAGUUCGCCCAAAAUGGACUCCAGAAUCAACAUCAGAACCAGAACGCCGCGGUCCCGCAUCCCCACGGUUUGCAGAACAACCCUCCAGCAAAUCCAUCACCUCUAGCUGCGCUCGCAGCUCAACAGCAGUCGCAACAUCCACACAACCCGCCACAUCAGCACCACCAUCAUGCUCCUGGUCACGCUCAUGGCCAUCACCAGCACGGCUUCUUCGCAACCUUUAUGCGCUGGGAGCGUGAGAUGGGACUUGAGAACCUAUGCCUCUCGCUUCACGAGACUCGUCCUGUGGAAGCCGAUAUCAAGAUCGUGUGUAUUGUGAAGCUGCCGAGGCCCGAGCUUCAGAGAUUGGUGAGGGUAUACGCGGAUGAGCUGAGCCUAGACAAGAAUGGGGACGCAAGGACGAGGUUUCGGAGGGUGCAUGGCGUGGACGUGAGCUUGGAGGUCAGUGGGUAUGAUGUUGGGGUCUGA